GCUUAUUGUCCUCAGCGGGGAUGAUUAUAAAAAAAGUUGUUUAGAAAGUCGUUUGGUAAACCAACUGUGAACUUUCUCUUGAGUAUAACUUUGUACUUUUUUCGGAUGGACUUUGGGUUCUGAACCAACCUGCACAAAAACAGUUUUUUUUCCCAGGACUGUCGUCAUGAUUCUCAACUUUGUUGCUGCGUUCAUUUUAUACUUCACAGCGGUCUCUGGGACCACAGCGGACGACGGCUACAACGACUUUGUGGAAGAAGACUACGCUCCUCAGCUCGACUACAAAGACCCAUACUGGUGUCAUCCUCCGGGUCUGACCAAUGGGGAGGUGACCUGCCACUCUCCUCGCGGCGCGGCCUACAGGAGCACGCUUGACACCCGCUGCGAGAUGAGCUGCGACCGAGGAUACCGGCUGCUGGGGAAGAGCUCGAUUCACUGCCUCGCCAACAGACGCUGGUCUGGCACUGCUUACUGCCGCAAGAUGCGUUGCCAUGUGCUGCACCUCAUUCCACACGGCAGGUACACCUGCACCCAAGGCUUCAUGGUGGACUCGAGGUGCGACUUCACCUGCGACACCGGCUAUCGCAUCGAGGGGGAACACUCACGCACCUGUCAGCGCAGCAGCACGUGGAGCGGAGGGCAGCCAAUUUGUGCCGAUACUGAUCCUCCAAAGAUCAAGUGUCCUCCGUCCAGACUCAAGGUCGCCGAGCCUGGAAAACUCACUGCGAUGGUGACCUGGGACCUCCCGGCUGCUACAGAUACUGCCGAUAAAUCACUCAACGUGAUGUUGGUCGGCCAGGAGCCAGGCACCAACUUUAACGAGGGAGCCAGCAUUAUCCGAUACAAAGUGUACGACCAAGCCAGAAACAGAGCGGCCUGCAAGUUUAUUGUACGUGUUGAGGUGAGAAGAUGCCCAGAGCUACCUCCACCUCUGCACGGCUACCUCACCUGCUCCUCUGAUGGGAGUAACUAUGGUGCAGCAUGUGAAUACCACUGUGACGGAGGGUAUGAACGGAGGGGCGUGUCUAGUCGUGUCUGCCAGUUCAACCGCAGCUGGGAGGGAAGCCCCUCCCAGUGCGUUGCAAUGGAGAUUAAUUUCGACGUGAAGACAGUGUCCGCUCUCCUGGAACAGUUCCAUGAAAAGAGGAGGCUGCUGAUUGUGUCUGCGCCCAACAUAUCUGACCCGGACUACCAGCUGCAGAACAUCAUGAUACAAAAGUCAGACUGUGGAUUAGAGCUGCGACACGUAAUCGUCGUCGAGCUCCUGGGCUCCCCGCCUCGAGAGACGGGUCGCAUUAAAGAAAAUCUGCUCAGCUCUGAAGUCAUCGAGGGGUUGAGACAAGUGUUCAGAAUCUCCAGAUCCUACUUCAGCAUGUUGCUGCUGGACGAGCUCGGACUGGACCGAGAGCGCUUCAUCACCCCGAUGGCGUCGGAUGAGCUGUUCUCCUACAUCGACAGCUUCCUGCUGGAUGAAGAGCAGCGAGAGAGACUGGAGCUCCACAGGGACUUCUGUGACUAAUUCAAUAAACUUUUCUGGUUGCCACAGCCAGCGCCGCCGCUCCCAUAACGCGCACUACGCGCUGCGCGUAGGGCACCAAGUCCUGAGGGGGCACCACAAAAUAGGCAACUAAAAAAAUCCUCAGUUAUAAUAACUAUAAUGCCGAUAUUAUUUCAGUCUAGAAAUAUUAGGCACCUUUUAGGCAUGUAUAUCACAAAACAGGCAGAACAAGAGAGAGAGAGAGAGCUGUUUAAUCGCUCAGCACCCCCCCCCCCCCCACCGACACCACGGGUCCUUUUCCUAUCUCAGGGGGGGCAUCAUGAAGGAGUUAUGCUUAGGGCACCAACAUGACUAGCGGCAGCACUGGCCACAGCGAUAAACUCAUCAGCUUUACUAAGCACAAGAUGAGGAAGGAGGACAUACAACGAGGCACCAGGUCCAGAAGGACAAUAGGAGGAGAGUUCCUCAUGUUUCCAUGUGAUCACUUAACACUGAAGUUCUAGCACUGUUUUCACUCUCAAACAAUCCAGAACAUGGACAUCACAGCUGCAGAGAGUAAAACACACAAUAUAUUUAGAACCAUAGAAUUAGGUUGGAUGCAUGACGUGAAUUUUGUCAAAGAGCCCUCAAUCUGAUCUGAUAUUUAAAUAAGAAUUAAAGAGGAAAAUCACUUCAACUACUGAGGAAGUCGAGUGGACAGUGUUUUUAAAUCCAGCUGGUAUGGACCUCAAGCAGUCUUUGGGUUUAGGUUUUUUUUAUUGGGAGAACAGAAUAUUCAAUAUUCAACACGACUGAUCACAUAUCGUUAAAAGUUAAAAAUACACAUUCUAUCAAUUAAAAUAGGGCUUUUCAACUAAUAUAAACACAAGUUAUAGCACAAUUACUUGGAUAAAAUACCAGAAAUGUUGUAUAAUGCCAGUUUAAAAGAACUUGUUUUCCUGUGUAAUUCUGUACAUGUAUAUGGAAAAAGGUGAAUCAUUACAGCACUUUUUCUGUGCAUGCAUUAAAAAAAAUUGCAAAAAUAUA